UUAAUAGCAGAAAAGCUCAAAUAGAAGAGGCGAAGUCGGUUUCAUUUUGUGUUGUCAUUUUGUAUCGUACUUCUUGAGUCGGGAAAGAAUUGGUUUUAGGGAACAAAUAAUUACCAAGAACAGUUUUGAAAUUUAGUUUUAAAUAAAACCUUUCAUUGUAAAUUUCCUGAAAUAUACCGGGAAAAAUUAUUAAAAUGAGUGAAUUAGUGUGGGGUAUUAAAAAUGGCGACCUUGACAUCGUCAAAGAUUAUGUCGAGAAUAAGGAAAUAGAUUUGAAUAAAGAAAUAGACGGGCGACCUCCUCUUCACUACGCUGCUGAUUAUGGACAAGAGCAUGUCAUCCAGUAUUUAAUUUCAAAGGGAGCAGAUGUUAAUGCAAAAGAUAAGCACGGGAUCAGCGCACUCUUGGCUGCAAUUUGGGAAGGUCACACUUACUGUGUCAGAACACUUCUGGACAAAGGAGCGUCCAAGGAAGGCACAACACCUGAUGGCACCACUUAUAUUGACGCUGCAGAUAAAGAAGAGAUACGAGCUCUGCUGCAGUAGGCCACACUUCUUGCACGUAUUUAUUUUUAUAGCCUACUGUAUUGAUUUUAUUUUUUGUUGUAUUUUGUAUUGUUGUAUUUAAAUGUUUACUUAUCAUCAUUAUGAUGCAUUCUAAAAGUAUAAGUUUAAGCAUAUUGAAGUACUGAGAGUGCUUUUUUUUUACUGUGAGUAAAAUAUGUACGUAUUAGUCAACAUGAAACUAGGUUAGGAGAGGGCCUACUAAAUAUUAUUUAUUUACUCUAGAUUGGAUUUCAAUUCAGUUGCGCUUUACAGAUCUCCACGACCUUUGAGAAACCGUACAUUCUAUAAAGCUUGAGUAUUUUGUUAUUUGUACAUAAAAAUAAUGCAUUUUAGAAGAUAUUGUAUAUAUUUUCGUAGUCAACGGUAUUUCCUAUUUAUAUUUUGAUUUGUGAACUUAUAUUUUUGUGUGAAAUAUAAAAUAUAGUGAAUGUUUUUAAUAGGAAUGUUUAAAAAAAAGUAAUAAUUUGGCUAUAGUUACUAUUAGUUGAGAUUUUUUGUCAUAUAAUUUGCUAAGAACUAUCAUCAGUAUUUUUUGUGAAAAGUGUAGAUUUGGUAUAUUUUAAAAUUAAAGUAAAGUUGAUUUAACUUUUAGUAGUACCUUGGAUUCUGGAUAAUCCAGGGUAGUACUAUUUAAUUAAUUUCUUUAAAGAUCCGUGUGAUUUGUUAAACUUAUGUCAAUUAAUUUUUUAUUUGUGUUUACUUUUUUGUGACUCAACUUUUUUAUCAACAACAUGUAGUUAGAGUUGUUAUCUGCAUUUAUUAUAAGAAAAUUUUAAUUAAUAAAAUUGUAAGGGUGCUA